UCACGCGGACCGGCUCACCAGGGACGCGGGGGAAGAUGGCGGCUGGAGGUUUCAGGGACGUCAGCGGCGGCAGCAUUUCGUUCGAGCAGCGGCUCCACUCGUCCCUGUGCGGCGAGUUUACGGUGACGUCGCCGAAGCUGUCCUUGCGCUCGGUGCUCGCCGCCACCUCGGGCGUCUGGCUCGCCGCCUACUUCGCCUUCUACUACACGCAGAACUCAUCGGUUCUUUCAGCUACCAUCAUCCUGACUCUGGUUGGGAUGACCGUUUACCUCCACUUGUUCAAAAUAGACCACGAAACGCUGCUAAUUAUCGGCUCAGUGGGCGUGCAGUUGACCACUCUCUACGCUUCGGGCAGAGAGAAUGUCACCUUCAUCGAGAUUAAUAAAGUGAAGGAUAUUGUAAUCAACGAAGCCAUUUACAUGCAAAAGGUCAUCUAUUACCUGUGCAUUCUCCUAAAAGAUCCAUCGAACCCUCGAGGAGUGUUGGAGGUGGUGCCAGUCUUCCAGAGCGCAAAACCCCGCCUGGAUUGUUUAACCGCAGUGUACAGGAGAUGCCAGCAAAUCCUACUGGAAGCGAAGAUCAGAUAUGAACAGUUUGAGACCAAUGGGAACUUGUGAACUUGGAAUCCGUCCAGGGGCCUCGGCAAAAAAGCACUUUGUCCAUCAGUGUAAACUGCCCAAAGGGUCCCAGAGUGACCCCUCAUAGCAGGUGGACGAUGAAAAGAAGAUGCUAUUCAAAGCACGAGGAACUGGGCAGAGCGGAUAGGAAGAUUCGGAAAUACAUAAAAUCAUCCCUGUGCACACAGUCUCCGCUUCAGUGAAAAUCUGGCAAUUCAAGUUAAAUGCUGAGUUUGUUCAUUAACAGUGAUGAUCAAAGCAUUCUUGACGCUGUCAGCACACAUAACUAUAAACCCUUGGAUGUGGAGCACAGUUGAGCAAGCAA